CCAACAGCCGUGACUCGGCAUUGCCCACGGUAUUAUUUUAGUAUCAAGGUGCGUGACUGCCAAUCGUGGUGGCCGCUAUCACGCUUGUCAAUCACGCAUUUUUAAUCAGGAAAUGUCAAGAACAUAUCAUUUAAGCAGUCUAGGUCUCGCGUAACUAUAUCUAAAGUUUUUAAUAAUUAAUCUAGAUUUUUUGGUAACCUUGAAUAGCUUUAGUUUCAAAUAGUAUGUAAGUAAUUAAUCUGGGCGGAUAUCUAAUAUCCAACUACCAGACGUCUGGGUAUUACAUAAAAUAUAAUAAACAUAAAAACACUCAAAAAACAAAAGAGAAACCGUUGCAUAAAGUAUCAUUUUUAUUAUGAUACUUCAUGGUGUUACAUAUGCAUACGUUAUAUAAUACUAGUAUCAUGAAUAUCCUUCGUCAAUCAGAAAUGUCUAUCAGUCUCCACGCCAUAUUGAACACAGAAAUUAGUCAGCAGUAGAGCAAUGAAAUGGUUAACAAUUAUGGAAGGCAAUGAAACACAGGCGGUUACGGAGCAGUGCUCUGUGCAGUAGGUUAUUGCCGCAACUAUGAGGUAGCUGGUUCCCAGGCACAGCACAAUUGAUGCUUUUUGUCCUCGAUCGAUAUAAUGCCACGGUAUCGGAGACUGUGAGAGAAACAGGAAACAUGAGCCCUGCCCUGUGUCGGAAGAGUUGGCUCAUGUUCCUGCAAAAACAAUCAGAGCGAAUCGGAAAUUCGGGCCUAUCGAUUUACAUCUAUCUUUGUUAGGACACACUAUCUAAUAUAUUACAUAUCGGUAUUCGUUACACACUAUAACCUACAUUUAUUAUGGAUUAUAAGUGUCAUAUGAGUCAUUAAUUAAAGACUCAUUUCAUAACAUUGAAACAAUGCAUAAUAAUUUUAUUUCCCCGAAACUUAUUCUGCAUCAGCGCUUUAAUUUAGUGUAUAGAAUUAUGCACUGACCAACUUCAAUUGCUCAAGGCAGAACAUUAUAAUAUUUUUAUAAUAACCGCGCAUUCAUUACCUUUUCAAAUUAUACCAUAAACAUGCAUUUUGGAAUAAAUCCCGCAUUAUUGUGUAUAUUUUUACAAAUAGUGAACAUUAAUGGUCAUUUAUCGAACUUAGCUUGGAACGGUGGACCUCUACAUCUGCAAUGCGAACGGGAAUCUGACUUCUGGAUGAGAAGCGGACAAUACAUCAAAGAAAAUGUAAUCGCAGUGAAAGCCAUAAUGCAUCAAGACGAUGUCUUCGUCAUGACGCCAAGAUUGAAGCCUGGUGUUUUGGCAACAUUUUGGUUGAUUGUAAAAGAUAAGAGCCAAGUGGAACUCCAGCCAUACCCAGAACUUCGAGAUCAUAGUGUUGGCGACUGCAGCGCCAUUCAAAAUGCCGUAGACAUGUACCUGGACCACCUCGGAAAGUUGUGGGUGCUAGACAGCGGUAUCGUCGACACAGUAGCGAGCCCACAGUGUACGUGUCCACCGAAAGUGGUCCUCAUCAAUUUACUUCUACGGAAACUGGUCAAACGUAUUGAUAUAUCGUCUCUCUUAGAGGCCACCUCGUUGAUACAGAACAUCGUCGUCGAAUACGAAUUUGGAAAGACUUUUAUAUACGUUUCCGACGCGUCACGUGGGGCAAUCCUUGUGCACGAAGUUACGUCUGGCGCCAGUUGGUCCGUGGUAACUUGCGCACCCGCCACCGGUCUUCAGAUCUUACUAGUGAAGCGACCAGCCCACACCGUCCUCAUUCUAGUCAGACUGCACUAUCAAGGCAUCAUUGAGUUGGAUACCACUGCGUUGCGACGAAGGGAUUCUCUUACUCCUCUGACAGUGUUCGGCGAGCAGAGCAAGCCGGUGGUGCUGCUCGGCGCAGACGGCUUCCACGUAUAUCUCCGUCACACUGAAUGUUCAGACGUCUUGGUUUGGAACACGAAGGACCCGUACAACUCCUCUCGACUCGACAACAUACAUUCAGCCGGCCCCAGACUCACGACCACCUCAGUCGCAGCAGAACCCUUGAAACGAAUCCUGCUUAUUCUUGAUACAAAUUACUUGGACACUCUCCAAGGAAAUUCGCCAACUUAUCAUAGAAUAACUUUUGUUAGCAAAAAUAAUUAAUAUUAAUGUUACAGUAGGUAAUGGCUAAAAGAAUACCAAUAAAGUUAUGUUACAAUAUUAUGUUUUGUUGUUAACCUGUGCGAACGAAAGAAAAACACGCUAUUGUUGAAAAAUAAUUUAUAUAUUUAAAUUACAAUCAUACCUUUUGACUACAGAACUAAAAAUCGAACUCUAGCCCUACCACAAUAAGCAAUGAAAUAUAUUAUAUUGAUUAUAACAGAAAAUUCUACGCCUACUUAGGUACCUACAGCACAACUUAAUUUAACUCACAUGUUGAAAUUUCAAUCAAAAUUAUAUUAAAGCGCUUUCAGAUUCCGCAAGCAUAACGCAAUGCAAAAACUAUACCUACAAUACCUAUACAUGUCUAAACAGCUCUAUACAUAUCUACCUAUUCUAAUAACUAUCCGGAAUCAAUUUGGCUGUACACUAUAUCACGCGUUGGUACAAACAGACUAAACAUUUCAGUUCAAGGUAGGCACCUUUCGAUAUUGUUGUCUACUUGCUUCUUGACAAGUCGCGAUUUAACUUGUGUAAUAAGCAGAUAGGGUAUAUUGAUUAGCUCAAGAACUUAGAUUUGCUAUGAUCUACAUAACUAAAAAACUGUGAAAACUGAUUUGCCUUGACUACACAGAUAGCCGAGUAUGGCAAACAGACUGCGCGAGACGUGUCGCGGGUUCGAUCCCCGCUUAGGACAAGCA